GAGGCCACGCCCCGUCACGUGUCCUCUGUGCCAUUGGGCGGAGCCAGAGCCUCUAGGUUGCCGUCACUUCCGGCUCUCUGUCAGUCCGGAGCGAGCGAGCUGGUGGUUGCUGGACGGCCGGAGCGGAGCAAUGCCUAAAUCAAAGGAACUUGUUUCUUCAAGCUCUUCAGGCAGUGAUUCUGACAGUGAAGUUGAGAAAAAGUUAAAAAGGAAAAAGCAAGUUGUUCCAGAAAAACCUGUGAAGAAGCAAAAGCCUGGUGAGACUUCUAGAGCUUUGGCAUCUUCUAAGCAGAGUAGCAGCAGCAGAGAUGAUAACAUGUUUCAGAUUGGGAAGAUGAGAUAUGUUAGUGUUCGGGACUUUAAAGGAAAAAUUCUAAUUGAUAUUAGAGAAUAUUGGAUGGACUCAGAAGGUGAAAUGAAACCAGGGAGAAAAGGUAUUUCUUUAAACAUGGAGCAGUGGAGCCAGCUGAAGGAACAGAUCUCUGACAUAGAUGAUGCAGUAAGGAAGCUGUAAAAUCUGAGCCAUAUCAAACCUGUACUGUUGUAGUUGUUUUAAUCUGUCUUUUUACAUUGGCUUUUGUUUUCUAAAUGUUGUUUUCCAAGCUGUUGUAUAUCUGGAUUGCAGAACAAUUUGUGAGGUGAAUACUUUUUUUUGUAAUGUGCAUUAUUAAAAUGUUCUGAGUGAAGCUAAAUGUCAACUUUAUUAAAGAGGAUUGCUUUGUGUCCCUUACCUAGUGUAAAAUAAAGUCAUUACAAUCUUAAAUGUUGUAGCUUUUUUUGAUCAAAAGACUAGUUUACUGUUUAAGGCCAAAAGAACAACCAUUAUAGGCAUAUAAUUGACUAUGUUUAGAAGGAUUUGUAUUGCAUUGAGCUUCUUAGAGGAUUGCUUUAUGAAAUGCUUCCUCAAAUCUCUUCCUUUCUAAGCAAAUUUGUUGAAUUUUCCUCUCCAGCAAUGCUUUACUGUUUUCUUCAGUUUCACUUGAGUUCAUGUUCCAUUUUUACAUCACCCUUUACUUGGAUAUAUUAUGAUGGUUUGGAAAGUCAAACUGUCACUGUUAUUGCCUCUUAAAUCUACUGUGUUAAAUAUUAGCAGAUAGUUGUUUGGUAACAUGGCUUGUAUGAGAGCUCUAAGCAAGUGUAUGUCAUUACUCAUAGCACUGUGUAGGUGUUAUUUAGUCUACAGAACAUAGUGAUUUUGAUGUCUGAUGAGCUUUCACUUAGUAAACAUUCACACUGGGAUGAUGUCUAUAAAGUCAGAUAUUAAACUAGAUUAGACAUUAGUUAAAAAUUGUGAAACUUACUGGCUUACUAUUACAUUCUAAUAAUGAGUGGAUUAUAUGUAGACAUGUCACUGACCUUUAUUGUCAUUGUAGUUUAUGUGGACAGUUGUUAAGACUUGGCUGUUUUAAUCUGGACAAGAGACUUCUUAGACUUCAUGCUAAGUUUGAUAGACACUGUUUGUUAGUUUUCAUUUUAACCACAAUGAUAGACAGGCACAGAUUUCAGGGCUGUUGCCCCAGUGAAUAGGGCAGUGUUCCUUAGGGAAAGAGUGCCUACAAAGAAACUCACCACACUGAAGGGACCUGGCUUGUGAUGAGAACGGAAUUUUCUUGAAACUAAAUGGUGUUUACAUGAUAUUUUGGUGACAACAAUAUGACAGUGGUAGGUAGAAUACUAAGUAACAAGGAUGCUUUAAAGACAUUUAAAUACUAACUGCUAUUAAGGGGGCUGCCAUGUCAGAAUUGCAUUAUUGUAUAACCACGUUUGGUUCCAUUGUCUAAACAUUUUAUAGAAUUGUCAAGGAUUUAAUUUAAAAAUCCAUCUGCCAGGCCUCAUUAACCUGCCCUCCCACAGAUAUUCUUUAGGUUACUUUCAUGGAUUGCAAAUUGAUAAAGAAAUCUCACUUAUUUUGCCUUGAUAGGUACCAAAGUGUUCAAGAAAUUAUUAUAUACCUUAUUCUUGAGGGAUACUCUCCUUAUUUGGGACAUAACAUGUGUUGUAUUUCAUUAACAUAAUUCGUUUUGUAAAGUGUUAUUUUGCCAUUUAGAGAAAGGGCAGUUAGAACAUAAAACUUCAGUUUUAGUAGAUGAAGAGGGAAUAAUAGUUAAAAUUGAAUUCAGCGGUGUGUAUGCGUUUCAACCAUCUCCUUUGGAGAGAUGUUGCUGUCAUCUGUUACCUAGGCAUUACUAGCUGCUUAGCAUAAUAAAAUCUAUACGUGGAAAGCUUUCUUUGGCAUAAUUUGUUAGGGUGAUAACUAAAUUCACUCACUAAUAUCACAGACUAGGUAGUAUACCAAAGUUAUUAAACUUUUUCUUUAUGCCUGUAGAAAAGGAGAAUUAGGUUAAAAGAGUAAACUAACUCAGUCUGAACAGGAACAGUCCAUCAACACUCUUAUCUCCUCAGCAAGUGUCUUAGUUCCUUUUUUGUUGCUAUGACAAAGGUCCCUGACAAUGUAGUACAAGGGAGAAAGGGAUGAUUCCUACUCACUGUUCAGGCUACAGUCCAUUUUUGCAACCAGUCACAAUGGCAGAAACUUCAAACAUCUAGACAUCUUGCAUCCUAGUCAGGAAGCUGAGAGCCGGGAAUGCAUGCUCAGUCAGUUCCCUCUCUUCAUUUAGUCUUUGACUUAGCCAUGAACUGGUGCCAUCCACAGUGGGCAGGUCUUUCCAUCUCAAAGGAAUCAAGAUAAUGCUCUAGAUAUACCUAGAGGCCCAACUUCCAUAUAAUUCUAGAUUCUGUUAAGUUGGCAAUUAAUACUAGCCAUCACGAUAAGAUUUCUCCAGGAAGGAGGCUUGAUAUUUUCAGGCGUAAGUAACUCAUUUACUUUGCUGAAAUAGUAUCUGUUGCAGGUUUUACCCUUUAAUAUGAUCAGUAGCAAGGCUUCCAUGGGUUUUCCUCUUUGUUUUUAGAGUAAAAGCAGCCUUCGACCAAUUUUCUAGUGCCCAUGGCAUUUCAUUUAAACAAAUCACUUAUAAAAACUAUAUUUUGUUUUGUUUUGCUUCACAAAUGCUAAAAACUUGGGAAGUAUACUACCUCAUUACCUAGUCAAGAUUCUGUGAUAACCAAUCUAUUCUGCAUAGUAUCUUAGAGAUGGCAACUUAGAGAAAAUCGUGGAGGAAAAUGCAUCCUGGCCUGGCUAGAGGGAAGAGAAGGGACUGAAAGUUUAUGUAAGUUGUUCCUGACAGAAAUGUUAGCACAGUGCUUGCCAUAAAGGCUUGAAAAUCUUAAGAACUAUUGAAUUAUAUUUAGGUAUCUCUUCUGGAAUUCUUUGUGGUUCACUUUUUAUGGAAAUUAAGGUAGUGAAACACUAAAAAUUUUUAAGAAAGGCAUUUUUCCAGAUAAACUGUAGUGUAAAACAUGCAUAUAGUGAGAAGUAUGUAAUUCUAUAAUUGUGAAUGUCUGUAUGCUUUGUUUGAUACAUCCUCCAUGGAGGUGUCAAUGAACCUAAUAUUCCCUGUGAAUAUUUUAAAUGUUGAAAUAAAAACAAGAAAUAUA